UCAAUGUACGAGCAUCUCGUAAUCAUGGGUGACUUCAACACUGACCUCCUUACCCACUCCCCUCGAUCCCGCAAACUCCUACACCUGGUCGAGUCAACUAGUCUGCACAUAUUACCACUCCAACCCACUCACCACAAUACUGUCGCGGACGACACCUGGCUCGAUCUAAUCCUCACAUCUAAUCCGUCCCUCGUCUCUUGCCAUGGUCAACAUGACGCUCCGGCAUUUUCUCAUCAUGACCUUAUAUACCUCUCCUACAUCCUGAAACCACCCAAGGCAAAACCCAGGGUACUGUACAGACGUUGCUUCGGGAAGGUGGACAAUGAGAAGCUUUUGGAGGACGCGUCCAGAAUAGACUGGGAACCACUAAUGGAAGCUACUACGGUUGAUGACAAGAUUGACAUUUUCAACAAAGCUGUCAUUAACCUUUAUGACCAUCAUGCGCCUGUCAAAAGAAUCCGAUUAAAACGUGCUCCGGCACCAUGGAUGACCAGAGGGAUCCAGGCGGCUAUGCGUCGCAGGGACCGCGCGUUUCGGAAGCACAAGAGGGAUCGGACAGAGGAGAACUGGACGGCAUAUAAAACUGCGAGGAAUAGAUGUAAUCAGAUGGUACGCAACGCCAAACGCCGCCACAUUCUCAAUAAUAUUUCCUCUUCAUCUCCAGCUGAUAUCUGGAAGUUCUUGAGAACUCUAGGUAUCGGCAAACCGCAACCCGCUAACCUUCCUUCUUCGAUUGGCUUAGAUGAACUUAAUAAUCAUUUUUCCACUGUCUCAUCUCUGGAUCACCUAACUAAGCGAAACACAUUGUCUUCUAUUUCCAGUCUGCCUCGUCCUGGGGUCGAAAAUUUCUGCUUCAUACCAGUUCAGUCGGAGGAGAUUCGUAAGACAAUCCUCUCCAUUAAAUCCAAAGCUGUUGGCUGUGACUCCAUCUCCCGUGACAUGAUCACGUCCAUCCUGGUUUAUCUCCUUCCAGCAAUUACCCAUAUUGUCAACUAUUCCUUGUAUUCUGGAGUGUUCCCGUCCUUGUGGCGUAAAGCUUUUGUUCGUCCACUGCCUAAGGUUAGUAACCCAUCUCUUCCCACUCACUUCCGUCCAAUCUCAAUCCUUCCCUUCCUGUCUAAGGUGCUUGAAGCUUGUGUCCAUAAGCAGCUGUCACGGUUUGUUUAUGGAAACAGUUUAAUAAGCCCUCUCCAAUCAGGUUUUCGACCUGGACACAGCACUGUCUCCUCCCUCCUUAAAGUGACUGGCGAUAUUAGGGCAGGGAUUGAGGAUACCAAAGUAACUGUUUUGGUAUUAGUUGACUUUUCAAACGCUUUUAAUAUGGUCAGUCACGAUCUCCUUUUGGCCAUCCUGUCCCAUCUUGCAAUCUCUGACAAAACACUGGACUGGUUCUCUUCCUAUCUUCGGGGGCAGCUAGAAUACUGGCAAGUUAUACCGGCGUGA